AUGUUCCAGCGCACUUUCUUCAGACAAGCACAGGCCGCCCGGUCGGUUCUGACUGCCUCAACCUCCACAUCCGCUGCGCCGCUCGCGCUCCGCCGGACAACACGGUUGCAAUCACAGCUCCCUUCAGCCCUUCGGCCGUUUGCCCCUCAGCCUGCUCGCCGUUUCUAUUCUACCGAGAACAACGCUGAGAAGAAGGAAGCUUCCCAGGAUGCUGAAGCGAGUGAGAAGGGUGAGGCUGCCGAGGACCCCAUCCUUAAGGAGCUUGAGGAGAAGAAGAAGGAAUCUGCUGAUUUGAAGGAUAAACUCCUUCGCUCUGUCGCCGACUUCCGCAACCUGCAGGACCGCACGAAGCGCGACAUGGACAACGCCCGCAACUUCGCUAUUCAGCGUUUCGCCAAGGACCUUCUGGAGAGCAUUGACAACUUCGACCGCGCGCUGCUGGCUGUGCCUGCGGAGAAGCUCAGUGCCGAGAAGACCGAAGCCAACAAGGACCUGCUCGACCUGGUCGAGGGCCUCAAGAUGACCGAGAAGACCCUCAUGAACACACUCCAGAAGCACGGUCUGGAGCGCUUCGACCCCAGCGAGAGCGUUGAGGGCAAGCCCCAGAAGUUUGAUCCCAACCUGCACGAGGCCACCUUCAUGGCCCCGUCCCAGACCUUGGAAAACGGCGACGUGAUGUACACCCAGAGCAAGGGUUUCCUCCUGAACGGCCGGGUUGUUCGCGCUGCCAAGGUCGGCGUCGUCAAGAACGCUUAA